UUUGCGAUGGAAACCAUUUCGGAAAAGAAAAACGUGAAAAACAUUGAAUGAAAAAAAGUGUCUUACAAAAUUUGGACCGAAAACGAAAAAAAAAAAAUAUUUUGUCAAAUGUCAAGCUAAAGAGGAAAGUCAAAAAUCAUUCGGUAUAACAUCAUAAAUGUGUUGUAAUAAAAUAAAUUAUCAUGAAAACAACAAUAAUGCGAAAAGACAGUUUUGUGACAAAGUCGUACGAAUAAACAACUUAUUGUGAUAUACUCAUACACUCAUGUGAGCGACAGAAAAUAACAAGCAAAGAAAAAUCAGCAAUUUUUUGAAUUAUACGGAAAAAUACUCCGCAUUUAAGUAGAACGCAGACAGUAGAGAGAAAUAAUAUCGGGACAACGAUAACAACAAAAACACAUAACGUUGUGCUUUUAUUGCUGCUGUAUGUUGAGAUUUAAUCACAGUUGAGUGGCAUUUCCAUAGAACAUCAUUCAGCGACGACUGCCUGGGAAACCAAUCAAAAAUGUCUUCAACACUCUUUACGACGCUCCUUUUGUACAUCACUCUGUGCCCAUUGUUGUCAUCAGUUGCUUCGCUUCAUUGUCCCAAUCAAUGCAAGUGCGACGAUGAAAAGCUCGAUAUAAAUUGUGAAGAGGGACAUUUAGAUGUCUUGCCUAUUGCUCUCAACCCGUCAAUUGAGCGUCUUGUAAUCAAAAACAACAAAAUUCGAACAAUUGAUUCUUCCAUUCACUUUUACACUCAACUAACAUUAAUUGACUUGUCGUACAAUCAAUUGUUCACAAUUCCCGAAAAGACGUUUCAGUACCAACGGAAGCUGCAACAACUUCAUUUGAAUCAUAACAAAAUUGGAAAUAUCUCGAAUAAAACGUUCAUCGGCUUGAGCGAAUUGGCAGUCCUCAAUUUGAGAGGAAAUUUGAUCGAUACGUUAGAUGCGAAAGCUUUUAUGUCGCUAUCCAAUCUGGAAGAACUCAAUUUGGGUCAAAAUCGGAUAAUGAAGAUACAUGUAAAUGCCUUUGAUGGUUUGGAAAACUUGAAAAUUCUUUACCUGGAUGAUAAUAUUCUCGGAGGAAUUCCAUCGAUGAGCUUCAGUCCGAUGUCUAAACUCGCAGAAUUGUAUCUCGGCGUGAAUUCGUUGCUCAAAAUUGAUGCGGGUACAUUCAAAUCGUUGCCUGAACUGACUAAACUCGAUAUUCGGGGAGGUAUGAUAAUGAACAUUAGUUACGAUGCGUUCAAAGGUAUUGAACAACUGAAAAGUUUGAAUCUCGCUGACAAUCGUUUUACGCGAAUCCCAACGGAAGCAUUUAGUUCAUUGACGAGAUUGGAAGACUUGUUUUUGGGACAGGGAGAAUUCGAAAUUGUGCCAGCUUAUGCAUUUAUUGGAUUGAAGCACUUGAAACGAGUUGAUAUGACGGGAUCUAACAAACUACGGGUAGUUAAAGAUGGAGCCUUCAGUAAAAAUGUGAAUCUACGAAGUGUGUCGAUCGCUUCAAAUCGUGUUUUGGGCGUCAUUGAAGGAAAUGCUUUUCUUGGUUUAGCAUUUUUGAAACAUGUAAAUCUACGAGGAAAUGCUCUCACGACAAUUUUCGAAUCUUGGUUUUCAUGGAAUGAAUUAGACUCACUUGAUAUCUCUGACAAUCCCAUCAACUGCGAUUGUGAAGUUGUACGUGUCAUACAAACAAUUUUCCCAAGCAAUAAAAUAACUUUGCUCAACAACACGCUGUGUGCGAGUCCCGAUCCGCUGCGUGGCUUACCGUUGAGCGAUCUUUCAUACGAUAUGCUCGGAUGUGCAUAUCUCAAUUCACGAGAAAGUGAUUUGAUUGGUAUUACUCUCGUGAUUAUUGCUGCUGUCAUAACUGCAACAUUUCUCAUCAUCUUUCGCUUUAGAGCACGAAUCAAAGAAGCCCUGAAACGAUCAUGGGACGCAAAAUGCUUUCAAACAUCCGAAUUUCAGAGACCUUACCACAAAGCAAGUUCCGAAGAAGACUUUUUACCGAGACAAUCAAACUUUUAUAGUUACAACAUAAACUCGACGCUGAGUUUCUAUCCGCAUUUGGAAAGUCCGCAACAAAAUUUACCAUCGCCUCAAUUGUAUUCGCCCGUAACUCCGUUACCCGUUACCGAAUUAUAGCAUACUGAACCGCUCCCCAUUAUGGAGUUCAGCUGUUGAUCAAAAAAAUAUUUCAACUUUUCUACCAUAAAAAUGACUAUAAAACAUUCCAAGUAAUUAG